UCACCGGGGGCCCGUCGCUCGCGGCUCCUCCGUGCGGCCCGUUUCCGGUGGGGCAAGGGCGUCUCCGCGGCGGCCCGGCUCCCGCGCGCUUAGCACCGCCGGUGGCGGCCAAAUGCAGGCGGAGCGAGGAGCUCGGGGCGGCCGAGGACGCCGACCCGGCCGCGGCCGGCCUACCGGGGAUCGCGACCGCGAGCGGGCCGGCGCCCCGGCGGCGGUGGCGAGAGGCGGCGGCGGGGAUGGAGGCGGCCGCCGGGGCCGCGGCAGGGGCUUCCGGGGCAGCCGCGGAGGCCGAGGAGGAGGAGGUCCGCGAGGCGGCCGCCGAGAGCCACGAGGCUGGGGCGCUGGGGCCAGUGCGCCGGUCGAAGAUGACAGUGAUGCAGAGACCUAUGGAGAAGAGAAUGAAGAACAGGGAAAUUAUUCUAAAAGGAAGAUAGUUUCUAACUGGGAUCGAUAUCAAGAUACUGAAAAAGAGGUCGAUAAUGAAAGUGGAGAAUCACAGAGGGGGACAGAUUUCAGCGUUCUCCUCAGCUCUGCAGGGGACUCCUUCUCACAGUUCCGGUUUGCCGAGGAGAAAGAGUGGGAUAGUGAAGCUUCCUGCCCCAAACAGAAUUCAGCAUUUUAUGUGGACUGUGAGUCAUUGGUUCGAGCCCUUCAAGAACUGCCUCUCUCACUCCGACUCAAUGUUGCUGCUGAAUUGGUCCAGACUGCCCUUCCCUUAGAGCUUCCUCAGGUGAAACCAAAGAGAAAUAAUGAUGGCAAGGGACUAGGGAUGCAGUUAAAGGGGCCCUUGGGGCCUGGAGGAAAGGGGUCCAUCUCUGAGCUGAAAUCUGCUGCCGCUGGCUGCCCCAUGUACCUGGGUAAAGACAGCCUAGGACCGGGCCCUUCCAAGGGUUCUCAGAACCUCGCUUCCCCACUGCAGUCGGCAGCAGACGAUUUGGAAGAAGAACUAGAUCUGCUGCUUAAUUUAGAUGCGUCUGUAAAAGAGAGCGGUGACAUCUUAGCAGACCAGACAGCUCAGGACCUGGAAUCUGAGAAAGAUGAGGAGGUGGCCCAAGAAGAAACAGAUCCUGCAAAACCGUCUGCGUUGGAAGGAAAGAACGUGGCAUCUGAGCAACCAAGUAUAUCCAGAAAUGUUACUGAGGAAGAGCUUGAAGAUUGGUUGGACAGCAUGAUUUCCUAAACUCGAUGAAAGAAAAAAAGAGAGAGAGAAAGAAAAUGAAAAGUGCCUGAAGCCAAUUUUGGUUGCCUUGUAAGGGAAGGCGGGCCCAAGGCUGUCCUUCCAGAACAGCUGGUUUACAAGCACGGCCCGAGCCCGUGUGGCCAUCACGCUUAGCAGUAGACGCCUACCUCCCCCAUGUUCAACAAAUCCGAAAUGAGACAGUAAGAGGCUCGCUGCAUUUGUUCUCUGGCUUAGUAACUGAGUAGACUUCUUAAGGGCAGGAGAUGUUACGGCCCUUGUGUCCAGUUUCUUCCUCUCAAUUUUUACAGCAUAGCGGGUGCUGCUGAUGAAGAAAGCUAAGCAAACCAGGCAUGCAUUUGGCCAAAAUAAACAAACGCUGGUUUGUGGAUUUUUUUUUUCUUCCUUUCUUGUGCGGGGAGCCGUGGGCUGUUUGUUAGUCUCCUGUCCCUUUUCCCAGCACCACAGGGUGGUUGUAAAUCAUCCAGAAAGGGGGCGUUACAAGAGGCCAAACCGUGAGUUGGUGAUUAUGACUUUAUUGCAGUGGGCACUUCGUUUUAUUUAAGGAGAUUCACCUAAACAGAGCAGCUCCACUACUUACAAGGGAGACCAUAAAGCGUUACUCUAUUUGGCAUAAGAUUGAGAUUUUUUUCUGAAUUUUCAGUACAGUACUUUUUUUCUCUGAUAACAGUAGUUGACAAGCUGUUACUGAAAAAAAAACAAACAUAUGAAUAACCUUUAAGUGCAGUUUCAUAAAGUAAGACAGAAGAUCCACACGACUAAUUAAUGGAACUGUCCGUCUCGAACAUAAAUGUAAAAAACUUGCAUAGCUAUAUCUAAAGAGGUUUUGUAAGGCACUUACUCGAUACUUCAGUGUCGACAAAGUGGCGGUUUGUUUGUUUCUAUUUCUUUAACUGCUUAAAGCUUUUCAAGCUGAUUCUGGAUACAUUCACUAGCAAGUACCAUGGGAGAAAUUAGACUGCAGUUUUAAAAUGACUUUUUUGUAGCUCAGACCGUGAGUCACUAGUGGAGUACCAUCAUGUGGAAUUCAAGUGUUUAAAAUUCCAGGUAUUGUGCCUCCCAAACUUCCUGCUUCUCUAGCCCUUCCCUCAGUGGUACCAUCCCAACGACCUAGUUAGAACUGAGAAACCUGAAGGCUUUCCACUAGAGCUUCCUUGAAGCUGGGCCGUACUCUUUUUUUCUUUCAACAUUUUUGACAGGUUAUCUCGCACAGUGUACGUCCAUUAGAUACAAAAAGCCAAAUCAAUUCCAAAAUACCACAGAUGUGUAACAAACAAACACUUCCUUGUAAGGGAGGCAUUUUAGGAAAUGUCACUUUUCAAAUGUGUUGCAGAACUGUUAAGAGAAGGAUUUUAUUGACCGUCCAGAAUGGUGGAGGCUUCUUUCAUUCCCAUUUAUCCAAGCUGAUCUUCGUACUGUUUCCGGAAGCAGUCACCAGCAGGGAAGAAAUCCCAACACCUUUCUUGGUACAUCUUCCAGACAUAAGAUUCCUGAAAUAACGGGAACAAAGGAGACUUCCUUAUAAACCACAGUAAGCUGGAACCCAAUUUAUUUUCCCUCUCUAUGUCUCCCUUUGGGAAUCCUGAUGUGGAUAAAUGUGAGGCCCAACUGGUACAUUCUUUCUUGCACUGUUCCCAGCUCAGGCUGUUUUGGGAGCAAGAAGUUUCUCCCUUCUUUUCUCCCUUCUUCUGACCGCCCCCCCACCAAAACAAACAAAAACCCCACAGUGAGACCAACUCGAUGAUCGCCACUAAAAAUACUUAAAGAUUUAGCAGAGGGUUGACUCCAUGCCAUUUGUAACUGGUAGAAGGCAGAAUAUACGAAUCCAAUGACGUUUGACUAUUUGGUAAGCUACCUUUUCCUCCCCUAUUCUCUGUCUGUCUUUACACUUCUUUUUCAUACUUAGUCACAGAACCCCUCUGACACAUACUUUCACGCACCCUGUCACACCCACACCUCCGCAUCCCUGUGUCACCCACACAGGAGGUCGUUAUCUUUCUUAGGCUGUCGUCUCACCAUUUUGCUCCGACUCUCCUGCUCUUUGUCGGAGCCACCCACUCAGCUUUGUAUUGUCUUUUUCUCUGUAACAUUCUCCCCACCUCCAGCUAUUCUGCCCUGAAGCAGCAACUAUAAGGAUUUAGAAAAUGUCAGUGUUUGCUGGGAAGGAUAACCAAGGGGGCCUUUUGGAAUAGGUGGGAGUUGCCUUAGAAUUUUGCCUUCUUAAGUCACAAAGAGAUGGUGGAACAAUGCAGGAAGCAGUGGGAAAACGCACAGAAGAGACAAAUGGGGGUCACCUCUCUAUUUCAGAUAUCCUGUGCUCUACUGAGGCUUGACGUAGAAAGGGGAAGCUCUAUCUUAAGGUGUUUCUCACCUGACCUGUGUGCUCUGUUUCAUCUUUAUUAAUCAAAUACAUCAGGAAGAACCUGGAACGAGGAACAAAGGUUUAACAACUGAGAAAAAGACAAUAUUAGAUUCUUUGGUUAGAAAACCAAAGUCAAGUGAGCUGGAGAGAGGAUUAAAUACAUUGUUCAGCAUCAUGCUGACUCCUAUACCUUUCAGAAUAGGGGAAACGUGGCAUGACAACAUACGCCAUCAUCUUCUAAUAAUAAUACACAUUUAUCUCAAAAUUAGCCUUUUUGUGAGGAGAGGUCCUUAAACCUUGAGCUAAGAUCACUUGUGAGGAAGAAUUUUGGCUACCAUUUUAUUGUUUUUUUAAAAAAGUCCUAAGGUAAACAAUAAAAUGGUAACCAAAACUCUUACCAUAUAAUUCUUAGUAGGCCAAUUUAUCAUCUUAUAAGAAUACAGAAUUGAAAUUUUGUGUGUCUCAAAGAUACGUUAUGGAAAAGUAAAAAUAUUUACUCUCACUCAGUUGCCCUGGAAUUCAGCAGCACGCAGGUGACGGGCCGCCUUGACGAGAGCAAAUAUGAAUUGGUUGAGAGGAAGGCCUGACUGGAGGGGGUUCAAAGGAGAGUGGGACGAGAGAGAUUGGAGACCCCGAACAUGCACACUUUUCCAGUUUUGCUGGAAGGGAAGGAAGAAGCAGGGCAACAGCUGGAAGGAAAAGUGGGGUCACAGCCUUUUUUCUUUGUUUAGGAUUAAAAAAUAUUAUAUGGUGAUAGGAAAAAUUCAGCAGAGAGGAAACUUGCUGGAGUUAAUAUGACCUUGAUUGAGAAGGGGUGGGAGCUAAUUAAUUCCAGGUUGAGGGGCUGACAUUUGCUUGGAGCAGAAACAGUCUGCAGCGCACACCUGUCAAUCGGAACGGGGAGGGGCAGGGCCUAUGGACAAAGACGGGCUCACGGGGACUCCUGCAAGCUCUUUCCUAAUUGCCUCUGCUUUCCGGAGACCAAGGAGGAAAAGGCAUUGGCAGAGCGUGAACUACAGGACGUAACUGUAUUUUACUCACUGUUCCUGGCCCUGCCCCAUCACCUUUGCUGACCAAGGAUACUCACAAGUAGUUGGCUAAGUUGUGCUCUUGUAAGGUGUGUGUUUCAAAGCCAUGAGGGGUCGUGUCAAAGUAGUCAUUGCCGAUCCCACAGAUGAAACAUUUCGUCUAAGAAGAAUAACAGGGAGAAAAGGCAUGAGUAGGCGUGACGUUACAGGCAGGUAGCAAAAGGGUGAGGAUCUCUGCUUGAAUUGAGAGACACUAAAAUAUUUCUGUCUUUCAUGCUUUAGGCUGUUCGUCGUCUUCUCCAGAGUGUCACAUACCUAGCUUCUACCUAGUGGAGGGUACUUGCUCCUUCCUAAGCCUGGGGCCUGGCAGAGGCAGCAGGUGGGGGUGGUGGUGGUAGGGCACAGAGCAGGUAGAUGGGCCCAGAGAAGAGGACAGGCUUGGAAAACAAUCAUGGUUGGUAAUUUUGCCUAGGGCUGGCCCUAAAUAAGAGUAGAACCUACUGUUUAAAAAAAUCCAUGUGCUGUGAGAUAACGGAAAUCAAGUUGGGAUUUAGUAGAACGGUACCUCCAUAUCCUCUCGUACUUGUUCCUGCUGGUCUCUCAGCUCCCCAAAAGCAUCAAUAAUAAGACCUGGAAUUUUAAAUACAAAGACAAACAAAACACUUCAAAUAACCUGUUUAGUCAGGGCAGAGGAAUGAUAGAUGGAAUGGCAGAGGCUAUUUUGUUCUGUUAAAAAAAAAAAUGUGGAAUAUUACUCAGCCAUAAAAAGAAACAAAAUUGAGUUAUUUGUAGUGAGGUGGAUGGACCUAGAGUCUGUCAUACAGAGUGAAGUAAGUCAGAAAGAGAAAAACAACUACCAUAUGCUAACACAUAUAUACGGAAUUUAAGGGAAAAAAAUGUCAUGAAGAACCUAGGGGUAAGACGGGAAUAAAGACACAGACCUACUAGAGAAUGGACUUGAGGAUAUGGGGAGGGGGAAGGGUAAGCUGUGACAAAGUGAGAGAGAGGCAUGGACAUAUAUACACUACCAAACGUAAAAUAGAUAGUGGGAAACAAUCGCACAGCACAGGGAGAUCAGCUCGGUGCUUUGUGACCACCUAGAGGGAU